GUCUCCGUCCACCCAGGCAACUCAAGCUUGCGUUCCUUCUCCGAGCAACCACCCCUCCGACUCUGAUGCCCUCUUCGCAGUCUUGGUCUCAACCAUUGACAGGACGCACACGAGCAGGCCGAUCUGCUGUCACCGCAAAUAUACCCAUCAGUGCUAUCAUAACCGCUUCCAACACACCCAUAUUUCCUCACGUGCCGAUCCCGUAAUGGCUGGAGGCAGGCCGGGAAGGCCGCCAGGUCGACCCCGCGGUUCUGGAGGACGCCCUCGUGGUACUGGCCGCCGUCCUGGCCGUCCACGUAGGGACUCCGAUUCGACUGUCGCCUCUGUCGAUUUGUCCAAUAUCGAAUACGUCCCCGAGUUGUCGAUCCUGAAGCCGGCCCCUUCCAGCACCGACUUUCCUACCUUCGUCUUGGACGAUGCCGUCAUCUACAGGAAAGGCCCGGACGGAAACCUGGUUGUCGCCAACGUCUGCAACGUCAAUUUGGAUGGUCCUCUCAUUGUGCGGGGGAAGUUGGAGGUCGAGAACGAGCAUAGGCCUUUUUUGCGCAAACCUUCCAGAAAUACCGCCCGCAUCGAGGUGCCCGCAUGCUGGGGCUAUUCUAUCGGAUACGGCCCUUGGCCCGCGGUUUGGGCGUGUGGGGAGGCAGGCUGGUACGAGAUCAACCCAUCGAAAGAGUACAGGGACAUGCAUGACUACAUGUGCGAGGGCAUCACUCUUUACUACAAGGUCAUGGAUGCGUAUGUCUCCCUGUCCGAGACAGCACCCAAGGGCAAGAAGUACAGGGCGUGGCAGACGCCCAUUGAAAAGGUGUUGCUCAAGUAUUCGGUCGCCAUAGGGGACGGUGCCACGCUCGUUGACGUGCAAAAUCGAUGCCAGAAACACGCCCCUUUCCUCUUAGCCCAUUUCGAGCAAGAGAGUGACUUCAAUUGGAAACCGACAUCCUUCCGGAAAUGGCUACUAGCGACGAACGAGGAACUCGUCAAGAGACUGAAAGCAGCUCCUAAGAAAGGCCCUGCUGCUGCGUCGGCCCCCAUGGAGAUACCAGCUGCCGAUGCCACAAAUUCGAAAGACGAAUCCAAUGAUAGCAGCGCGCAUGAUUCACCAUUGAAUAUGACUGUGGUUACUGACCGAAGCAAAAGAAGCAAAUCUCGCACACAGAGGCAAAGCACAGACAAUGAUGCCCCCAUGGAGGACCCUCCGCCGCGUCGAUCGGAGACCUAUAUCCCUCCACCUGUUAUUCCCCGGCCCCGACAUGCGCAGCCAGCAGAACCGUCUACCCCCGCCUCUGGAGUUCAAGUACCACCCCCUCAAACUGAACAACAAGACUCACUCAAGCUCGUUCUGGAGGUGCUGGAAGAAAUCCUGGAGGUGCAUGGUGGGCACCCGCAAAACCUUGGGGAAGGCAAAAUACACAGCCACUUGUACAUGAAGUGCACCAUCAAUCCAUACAACGCUGCAAGGGAAGUCACACAUUUCUACGCCAAAGCUCUUCUCAAAAAGUUGCCCCCAAAAUGGAAUCCGAGCCCCUUCUGGAGUUGGCUUGCGGGCGUUGUCGACAAGCCUUUUGAGCCCACACUUCUCACCAUUGAUCAAAUGGAGCAAGUCAGACGACGAAAGAAACUGAACAAGUCAAGCUCGAAGCCCAAGAGUGAUCGCGAAGACGAAAUCCGUGGUCCGCGAGGGGCCGGCAAGCGCUGGCCGCCAAAUACACUCACACCUCGCACGGGAAUUCUAGCCCCGAGUACUGGUAGUAAACGACCUGCCGUUUAUUACAGUGACGACGACGACGACGAAAGGGCCCAUAAAGUGGCCCGAACAUCACAGGACUCAGGUGAUGACGAGGACGAGAAUGAGGAUGUUGAUGACGACACCUCUGAUGACGACAUUCCAGCGAGUACAACGCUCGCGACGCCAACACCGGCGCCUCCUUUGGAGACAGCCCGCCUUGUCGUUCACGCUGAGAGGGUCCCUAGCAUGUCACCGAGCGGCCCUAAUGGGACCUGGAGAUGUGAGGAAGACAGCUGCAACUACAUUGUUCGCUCGGCCGAGGAGCCGGAGGGAAAGGAUCUCAUUGCGAAGCAUUUCCAGGAACACGCGAGCCGAGCCGAAAGGUUGGAUCUCGCGCUCUCCGAGGGAACGCGCAAUCACAUGCCUAUCAAUCAUUUGCUGGAGAAAAUCCGCAGCAUGGGAGAAAUGGCGCAGAUCAAGGAGCAGAACCGUGCAGGCGAAGCUUCUGCGCCGAUGCCAGUUAAGAGGAAGCUGAUUAUCUAGGUCGAUGUUGACACCAGGACGAACGGCGGUUGAAACAGCCUCAGCAUCUGGCGGGUGCGAGAUUCAGUGGAAAGAAGGAGUAGCCUGGGAGCGGUUUAAGGCUGGCCAGACGGCGGCCGUGUUUCUUUUGGAGCUUGUAUGAUACCCAGGACGAUAUUUGAACAUUACCAUUCCUCGUGGAGGGUUGCACAGCGAAGGCGCGUUAGUUUUCGAGGGGGCCAGUAUCGCUUCAGCUUCUAAUCGGCAAGCAGCAGUGAUAAUAGCAUACUAUGCGCUUUUGGUGUCUCCCGCUUUCUCUCCCCCUUGCUGCUCUACUUUCGGCUUCUUAGAACGUGCAAUCCUCUGUGAGAUUUUCGGACAGCAUGCUAUAGCUUUUGCUAUCGAGAGGCAGCGGUGUCUUAUGAUAGACCCCCCCAUCUGU